CCCUCCAUAUCAUGUGAUUCAGGUGUUCCAAUCCCCUCCAAAUCAUGUGAUUCAGGUGCUCCAAUCCCCUCCCAAUCAUGUGAUUCAGGUGCUCCAAUCCCCUCCAAAUCAUGUGAUUCAGGUGCUCCAAUCCCCUCCAUAUCAUGUGAUUCAGGUGUUCCAAUCCCCUCCCAAUCAUGUGAUUCAGGUGUUCCAAUCCCCUCCCUAUAUCAUGUGAUUCAGGUGUUCCAAUCCCCUCCCAAUCAUGUGAUUCAGGUGUUCCAAUCCCCUCCAUAUCAUGUGAUUCAGGUGUUCCAAUCCCCUCCAUAUCAUGUGAUUCAGGUGUUCCAAUCCCCUCCAUGGACACAGGUGUAUACAAUCCAUCCCCUAGGCAUGCAGACUGCUUCUACAAACAUUGAUGAAAGAAUGGGUCCCUCUCAGGAGCUCAGUGACUCCAAGCGUGGCCCCGUGAUAGGUGGCCACCUGGGCAAUAAGUCCAUCCGUGACAUUUCCUGGCUACCAAAUAUUCCACGCUCAACUGUUAGUGGGAUUAUAACAAAGUGGAAGCCACUGGGAACAACAGCCACUCAGCCACCAAGUGGUAGGCCACGUCACAUGACAGGGCGGGGUCAGCGCAUGCUGAAGCGCACAGUGCGCAGAAGUCGCCGACUGUCUGCAGAGUCAAUAGCUAAAGACCUCCAAACUUGGUGUGGCCUUCAGAUGAGCCCAACAACAGUGCGUAGAGAGCUUCAUGGAAUGGGUUUCCAUGGCCGAGCAGCUGCAUCCAAG